UUUCAAGAAUGCCCUCACUGGCUGUAAGUGACCAAACGGGAUAUACAAAACCAGAAGACCAGAUUUGCUGACUCGGCGUCUCUAGUGAGCAUGGGUGGUGGCAAGGGUGGUGCCGACUUCGACCCUAAGGGCAAGAGCGACGCUGAGAUCCGUCGCUUCUGCUGCGCUUUCAUGGCCGAGCUUCACAAGCACAUUGGUGCCGAUACCGAUGUUCCCGCUGGUGAUAUCGGUGUUGGUGGCCGCGAGAUCGGUUACAUGUUCGGUGCCUACCGCAAGGCCGCGGGCCGUUUCGAGGGUGUCCUUACUGGCAAGGGCCUGUCCUGGGGUGGUUCGCUCAUUCGCCCUGAGGCCACUGGUUACGGUCUCGUCUACUACGUCGGCCACAUGCUUGAGUUCUCUGGCGCCGGCUCCUACGCUGGCAAGCGCGUUGCCCUCUCCGGUUCCGGCAACGUCGCCCAGUACGCCGCCCUCAAGCUCAUUGAGCUCGGCGCCACCGUCGUCUCCCUCUCCGACUCCAAGGGUGCCCUCGUCGCCACUGGCGAGUCCGGCAUCACCGGUGAGGACAUCAACGCCAUCAUGGCCAUCAAGGCGGCCCGUCAGCCCCUCACCACCUUCCAGAACGCCGGCCACGUCAAGUGGAUCGAGGGUGCCCGCCCCUGGCUCCACGUUGGCAAGGUCGACAUCGCUCUUCCUUGCGCUACCCAGAACGAGGUCUCCAAGGAGGAGGCUGAGGGUCUCCUUGCCGCCGGCUGCAAGUUCGUCGCUGAGGGUUCCAACAUGGGCUGCACUCUCGAGGCCAUCGAGGUCUUUGAGAACAACCGCAAGGAGAAGAAGGGCGAGGCCGUCUGGUACGCCCCCGGCAAGGCCGCCAACUGCGGUGGUGUCGCCGUUUCCGGUCUCGAGAUGGCUCAGAACAGCCAGCGCCUCAACUGGACCCAGUCUGAGGUUGAUGAGAAGCUCAAGGACAUCAUGAAGAACGCCUUCUUCAACGGUCUCAACACUGCCAAGACCUACGUCGAGGCUACUGAGGGUGAGCUUCCUUCCCUCGUUGCCGGCUCCAACAUUGCUGGUUUCGUCAAGGUCGCCCAGGCCAUGCACGACCAGGGUGACUGGUGGUCCAAGAACUAAGUGGUCUCUUUUUACCGCUUGGUGAAAAUUGAAGGGGAAAAAAGGGAAUUUUUAUGAUGGGAACUGAGAAAUGAAAAUUACGGGCCGGAGUUGGGGUUUGCCAUGCUAUGAUACCGAGCAGGCUUGGGUUCUUUUGGCGUUUGAGUUUUAGAUGGAGGCGGGUUUGAUGACUUUCCAUGUACAUAUACCAUUGGUGAAUUCAUAUCCUAUCUGUCGAUUCACAAAA